ACAGGGGCGUAAAAGUUAAAACAAUCCGCCAUUUUGUCCCAGUGACAAUUUUAGAUUUUAUCUAGUUUUAACCCGUCUUUAUUCAAAUAAUCCGUAUUUAAAAGUGAUAUAUUGUGAGCUGUGUAGUGUUUAAAAAGCCUGUGAUAUUUUUGUGUACAAUUAUUUUUUGUUUACGUUUCUUAUAUCUUGACGUUAUUAGUUGACCGAUUUUGACGUCGAACGGACAACUAGAUAUCAAAAUGGGUACAAGAGAGGACGAGUACGAUUAUUUAUUCAAAGUUGUUUUGAUUGGGGACUCUGGUGUGGGAAAAAGUAGUCUUCUCUCCCGUUUCACUAGAAAUGAAUUUAACCUAGAAUCGAAAUCUACGAUAGGGGUGGAGUUUGCAACAAGGAGUAUAGAGGUCGACGGCAAAACCAUCAAAGCCCAGAUAUGGGAUACAGCCGGCCAGGAACGGUACCGGGCGAUAACGUCCGCGUACUACCGCGGGGCCGUGGGCGCGCUGCUCGUUUACGACAUCGCCAAACACCUGUCCUACGAGAACGUGGAGCGGUGGCUGCGCGAGCUCAGGGACCACGCCGACCAGAACAUACUCAUCAUGCUGGUCGGCAACAAGAGCGACCUCAGGCAUCUCAGAUCUAUCCCCACGGAGGAGGCGAAGGCAUUCGCGGAAAGAAACGGUCUCAGUUUCAUCGAGACCUCCGCUCUCGACUCCACCAACGUCGAGCCGGCCUUCCAGAACAUACUCACUGAGAUCUACAGGAUCGUGUCCCAGAAGCAGAUGCGUGACCCGCCCGAGGGGGACGUGAUCCGCCCGGACGCCGAGCCCGCGGACGUGCGCGCCGCCGGCGCCGACGCGGUCCGGCGCAACUGCUGCCAGUAGGAGAGUCCAAUUAACAUUGGGAGAGAAAGUCAGCUAUGAAAGGAAUAUUAAAGCAAGAUAAUGAAUCAUUCCCAGACAAGGUCAAACUACCAACGUAACUAAUGUUGCCAGUCCGCGAUACUAAAAUCAACAAUAGACAGUAUUAUACCUGUGUCUCCAUAACGCUUCAUCGGCUGGCAACACUACUGCUGUUAAGAGUGGCUCAUGUAGAUAGCUUUGUGUAAUUAUUGAUAUUUAGUGUUGGAACGAUUGAAACUAAUAAAUCUAUUAUAAUAAUAAAUCGGAGGCAACCACAGCAACGCGUGGCCGGCUGAGAGUGCACGCGUCGCAUCGUUUGGCGCUUGUAGUACACCACAAUGGAAAAUACAUUUUGCGUUAAGACGGAAAUAUAUAUAUUGUUUCGAUGUAGUAGAUAAUACAUACAUAUAUCUAUUUAUUUAGUUAAUAAAGUGUUUAUCAGCGACCUCGUCAGUUCGUCCGGAGACUCGUCUAAAGACAUCUACGGGAUCUAUAUCUACACAGCAAUAAAUCGACUUCAUUCAAAUUAUUUUCGCAUAACACUAGCAAAUAGUCUUUUGUAAGGGAUAGCUUUUUAAAAUAAAAUAAAAAAAAAACUUUUUUUAUUUACGGAUAUUAUGUGCCUUCGGAUUCGGUGAUGUUUUGGAGCUGCCAGGUGUCGAUAUCGAGCGUUUCUUAUGGGUCUCAGCAAUGUGAGUAUGACUCCAACAGUGUGGUCCAACGCCGUGCAAACCUCAUUAACAUGCUCGUUACAUAUGUUCCGUAACAUCCUGCCCGGUGACUGCCAUCUUAGUGUAUAUCGCGGUGCCAGGGAGGCGCGGUAUAGUUACUAAAUUGUUGGAGUUAUAUUUUAAUUUUACUGUCAAUGCAAUCCGAGAUCAAAUAACGCUUAUGAUAAAUUUACGCGUAUGUUAUGAUAACGAGGGCUAGUGCUCGGGCGCCGUCGGUGAUGUUCGGGCGUUCUCGGGAUGGUUCGGGUGCGCUCGGCAGGUCUCGGGAUCGCUCGGGCGUGUUCGGUGGUCGUCGGGCGUGUUCGAGCGGUGUUCGUUAAGGAUAUGUUAUUGUAUUACAUAUGCAUAGUUAUUUUUUUUAGUGCCUGUCUGUGCAUUUUCUGUAAUUACUUUAUUAAAGACAAAGAUAAUAAAAAUAUAAUGUGAA